AUGUCUGAUCGAGUAUAUGACAUAGUGUACAUCAGACUCUUUGUCGCAGAUGAAUAUGCCGCAUCGGACAUUGGGAUCGGAAAGACAGAAUCAACUCCAGUUUGCAACUCGGUGUACGGUGCAGAAGAUGGUGAUACUUGCAUUAGUGUUGCUCAGAAAUUCAACUUGUCAUCCGACUUCUUCCUUAAGAUCAAUCCUAAUAUCAACCGUGAUACCAUUUUCGUGGGUCAAUGGCUUUGCACUGAUGGGCUGCAUAGAGUUACGGAGAUGCUCUAUGAUCCACCUUUAAAAGGUGUUGUCUUAGCUCCAACUGAGACGACAUUUAAUUGUUACAUAUACGUUGUCAUGUUGGCCUUUCGAGCACCAAAGACAUAA